ACAACAACAACAACAACAACAACAACAACAACAACAACAACAACAACAACAACAACAACAACAACAACAACAACAACAACUGAAUACUGAAAAACAGACACAACUACAGAAUCCUCCGCGACCACCCCACUCCUCCACUACCUCCUCAUUCGCGAAACCCGCGAAUAACCCCUCUAACGACGAUGGUGACGGUGACCUUUCCGAGGCCGAAACGGUGGUUUUGGACGGGCAGGAGGAGGAAGAAGGCCAGGGCUCCAUACAAUUGCGUAUGGAGAAUGGCAGCAGGGGGAGACGGGGGAACGGUGGAAGCAGGCGUGUCACGAUGGAAAGGACGGGGGGAAAUUCAUGGCGGGGAAGGGAAACAGUUGGAGACGGGGAAGAGAGCCCGCGAAAGAGGAGGAAGAGGAGUGCAUCGCUCGGUGAGCCACUGGGAGCAGCAGUUGGUGCCCGAAGAGUGGUGCGAGCAGAGGGAAGUAGCGACAGUGGGGAUGUUGAUGAGGAUGAGCACGAUGCCGAGUACUCGUCGGCUCUCAGUUCAACACGGUCGUCACGCCAGACUUCGCCGGUGCGGCGACGGAAUCCCCGCCAGCCGCAAUCCCAUACUCGACAAUUCCCACCGAAUCCUUCGCACACGCACACGCAGUCGCUCACCAUCGAGCCUGAUUCCAGGCGUCAUUCGUGGGCUUCCACCAAUUUCUAUGACAGCAGUAACACGGUGGGCACUAGCAAUAACGGCAACAAUUUCAAAAAACGGAAGGCCCCGGUCAAUGGUGCUACAUCGGACGAUGACUAUCGCGACGACGACGAGCCACCGCAUGAAGAUGAACCCCAACUAAACCCCAAGCCCGAACCUCGAAAACGAACGCGGACGCGACCCCGGCGGAAUCGAAAUCCAGCCCUACGCUUCGAAUCCUCCUCGCCGCAGACAAGAAAGCAAACCUCCCGAUCGUCCCCCUCACUUCCCCCCAACUCGCGACUCAGCCCGACAAGAAUUACGAAACUUAAGGGAACAUCUGCCACAACCACCGCCGCCACUACCACCACCAACUCCGCUGGUCGACCCCAGCGCAAAAUACCACUACCAGUCAUACGGACAACGAUCGUUCACCUCUCCGAUAAUUCGUCAUCCGAAUCCGAAAGCGAGCCCGCCAGUCGUCGGCGACUUGCCUCUGCCGCUCGCACACCUGGGUCGCCGAUAAGCAUGUCUCACAAGCCAAAACGAGAUACUGCGGGUCGUACGCACCUGCACCGGGCGUGUGGACGUGGGGCGGUUGCUGAGGUCGAGGCAAUACUCGAACAGAGCACCGAACUGAUAAAUGCCGAAGACAAUGCAGGUUACAUGCCUAUCCACGAGGCAUCCCUCAAUGGCCAUCUCGGUGUCGUCAAGGUAUUGGUCAAGUACGGAGCACAGUAUGACGUUCGUUCGCGAAUCGAUCUCGAGUCUCCGCUGCUGGAUGCCGUCGAGAACGGUCACGUCCCAGUGAUCAAGUACCUCAUCGGCCUGGGCGCCAAUCCGACACAACGCGAUAACCGGGGAAGGACCUGUUUGGAUGCCAACAGUGAGGGCGAUGAGUCUCCGGAAGUUCGUGAGGAGAUUGAAGCACUACUCAAAGCAGCCUCCAAACAACGACCGGUGCAGCGAGCCUCCGACGAUGAGAAUAUAAGUGUUCGAGGAGGAGGCCGUGAUAGUCCGUCGUCGAGGGAUGAUUCCGUCGUUAGUCCCGCCCAUCAAUCCCCCGCUGCGCCCGCUCAGAGCACUCGGAGGAGGAAUGCCAGGGCCGAACAGAGUAGGAAGGACCUGUUGUGGUUGGAUUCCGGAAAGGGUUCAGUCAUCAAACUUCGAGAAAAGGCGAGGGAGGGGGAUAUGGAGAUGGUGCAUGCUCUGCUGGAAACCGGCCUGAAACCUGAUACCGAAGCUUUGGUUGGAGCCAUCAAGGGUGGGCAUGCUGAACUUGUCAGUCUGUUGUUGGCGUACCAGGCCGAGGUGGAUCCGGCGCCCGGAGUGGUGGACAGAGAAGGGAGCAGGAGGAAGCGAGAAGUGUCGAUGCCGGCAGCAGAGGAAACGCCUAUGCUCGCAGCCAUCGGACGUGGCAACAAUGUCAUUCUACGCUACCUCCUCGAAAACGGCGCGGAUCCUCUCCGAAAAGACAGCAAAGGCCGGACAUAUCCCGAAAUCGCUCGCGAGAGGGAAGGGGAAUACUGGCAGGAGGAAGUCGCAUUGCUGCAAGAGGCUUGGCAAAAGGCGGGUGGACGAAGCGAGGCCAAGUCACCAUCCCGUCAUAAAUCCUCGCCAAAGGCCAGACACCCGACAAUGAAUGCGAACACGUCCACAGCGAAACAGUCACGACGUAAUUCUUCAUCCAAUCCGAGUCAGAGCGGCCGCCCCACACGAUCAUCGAACACCGACGAGAAACGUUCGACGUCGGCGAAUCCGUCCCAUCGUGCGAGCGAUCUUCCCACCGUCAGCGAGUCGGAGUCCGUGGCGGCCGGUGGCGCGGCAGCAGCUAAGAAACGACGGAGACUAGUCUCUGGAAAAGUUCGUGACGAGGAGGCUGCGCGUGCUGCCGAUUCCCCGACGACGAUGAAGGAACGCGAUGAUGAACGUGACAGUGGCAAGAAGACUACCGAAAAGCCAUCGGUCGUCAAGGCCGUCAAGACCGAAAUCGAGGACACCAUCAAAGUCGAGGCCCCCCCAAAGAAGCAGACGAAGCAGGAGCCUUCCGAGGAUGCUCCGAUGGAGGAUGCUCCCCCGCUCGUUCGACCAGCGAAAGUAAGGUCUACACGGGAGCGCCGACCGUCCAGCACGAGAUCGAACAGCACCGCGAGGGAAAUGAAGCGACCGGCUUCCAGAACGCGUUCCCCACCACGGGCUCCACGGUCGGAUAUCGAACGACGUCAGCAGGAGGAGCAACUGAGACGACGCAGGAGGGAGGAACAUCCGGAUGAUCGUGACCGCCGAAGGGAUUCCAUCACCGAAGAGCCCCGACGCCUAAAACGCGAAGAGUCGUCGAAACCUCCCACCCCCGCCGCUCCCGAGCCCCCACGUCGCCGCGACGCGUCAACCUCGUCGAACGCCGAUAAGUCACGCCCAGGCGAAGAUGACCGCCGUCAGAGGGUCAAGGAACGGGAGAAGGAGAAGAGGACGACGAAGGAAGGGCGACUACGGGAAAAGGGACUGGCUGGUGGAAUCAGUCAGGAGCAGCUCCAAUCGGAAGCCCGCGAAGUCUUGAGGAAAAAACAUCUCAUCAAGGAGUUGGCCUCGAUCCAAAAAAAGGCCCUCAAGGAAUCCAUGGAGAAGCGUGCUGACGAGGUCAUCAACCGUGAACUGGAGCUACGGCGACUACGGGAGGAGGAAGAGCGAAGGCAGCGGAUCAUUCGUGAGCGGGAGGAACAGGAGCAGGAGGAGAAAGAGAAGGUUGAAAAGGAAGCUCGCGAGAAAGCCGAGAAGGAACAACUUCAAGAGGAACUCCGCGAAAAGUCUGAACAGAUCAAACGCGAUCUGGAGGCGAAACGACGAGGGGAACUGGAACGUCAAGCCCAUGCCAAGGCGGAGGCCGAACGAAUCCAGAAGGAGGCGGCUGAACGCGAGGCAAGGGCACGGCAGGAGAGGGAGGAGCAGGAGCGUGAGGAACGAGAAGCCAGGGAGAAGGUGGAGAGGGAGGCUAAAGAGAAGGAGGAGAGGGAACGCCAGGCACGGAUCGAGGAGGAGGCACGACUCGAAGAAGAACGACAGAGGGAGGCCGUCCGCGCUGAACAACGCCGUCUUGAGAUCCAACACAAGAAGGAGGAGGCAGAGAGGCAGCGUUUGGAGCACGAGCGUCUGGAACAGGAACGCAGAGCCGCCGAGGAAGAGUCCAAGCGCCGAGAUCUGGAGCUUGAAAAGGCGAGGAAGGAGGCCAGAGACCGGAAAGUCGCCGAGGAACUCCAGCAGCAGAUCACGCGUGAACAGGAAGCUCUUCGCCUUCAGCAACAGGCGAAGGAAGAAGCUCGAAUCCAGUCACUUCCCCAUACCCUUCGUGUGGCCGCAGAGCAACAGACUCUCGCUCUCCCUGCCGAAGAUUUCCGGCAUUUCAUCCCAUUCUUUGUCGCCACGCUGCCCAACUUGGGGGAGUCUACCCCGAACGGUACCGUGCACAAGCAGGAGCGGUGGGUGCUGAACCUUCAGGUCGCCCUCGUACUCGGCACUACGAAUCUCGAACUCAACGGAUACCAACUGACGGAACGUCGGACGGCGACGGAACACGAGAGGCUGCGUAUGUGGAGCGUGCUCUCGCCCAUCCUUUGUGAAGACGUGAGUUGGAGCAAAAAGACGAUGGAAGAGCGGGCGCAGGCGCGGACUAUGGAGAUGGAGAAGUACUUGAACAUCAAGUCGGUCUUCUGGGUGAAGUUCAGCGACAUUCAAGCCAUCGCUUCACACGAUCCGCGAUAUGCCAGCUUCCUCGAGCAAGGCCUUCCCACCGUCGAAGUGGCCAUGGACGUUCCGACGUACGGCAAGGGCAGCCCCGCUAGCCUCUCCCUCCCCCCGAGCCGCGAGCAGAUGGCAGAACGGGUCAGGAGACGGUUCAGCAUACCGGUCAGCGAGGCCUGGGCCAAACAAUACUCGUCCUCAUCCACCAGUCCCGAUCCUCCAUCCACCACCUCCUCCUCUCACUCUCACUCUCACUCUCAAUCCAUGCCACCUCCUGGCAUCCACAACUCUUCCGGAUAAUUGGCGUUCUCGGCGUGAGGGGUGUUCUUUUUUUUUUCUUUUCCUUUUUUUUCCUUUCCUUUUCUUAAUGUUUUUCCUUUUCUUGAUAUGUUUUCCCUUGUGUACU